UUUUCACCUGUUUGUCAACAAAAAGUGGUCCUUUUGACUCGCGCCCACUCGUUGAUUUCCGUCAAUAUUCGGCAUCUGAACAUGGCGACUGUCUCCUUACGAAACUCUGCGUCCUCGCUGUUGUUAUUUAGCAGAAGAUUAUUCAGCCCGCAGCUGAAUUCCCUCUGUUCAUAUCACAAAAAGGUGGUGGACCACUAUGAAAACCCAAGAAAUGUAGGCUCUUUAGACAAAAAUAAAAAGAAUGUGGGGACUGGUUUGGUGGGUGCACCAGCCUGUGGCGAUGUGAUGAAACUUCAGAUCCAGGUAGACGAAACUGGCAAGAUUGUUGAUGCAAGAUUUAAGACAUUUGGCUGCGGUUCAGCCAUUGCCUCCAGUUCUCUAGCAACUGAGUGGGUGAAGGGGAAGUCUGUUGAUGAAGCUCUGAAGAUCAAGAACACUGACAUCGCCAAAGAACUCUGCCUUCCUCCAGUCAAGCUUCAUUGCUCUAUGCUUGCAGAAGAUGCCAUAAAAGCAGCGCUGUCAGACUACAGACUAAAACAACAGGACAAGAAGGAGGAACGUGUACAAGCCACCAGUUAAUAUGUUGUUAUUAACUGUCCAUUAUGAACCCUGUAACGCCUCACUGCAGUGCUGUUUGGAAGAUUCAGUACCGUAAUACUACAACAGGUCUUGCACCCUUCUGGGAGUUUUAUACUCUUUAAAAAUCUCCAGGUACAAGGGUUGUGGGGUCACUCUCUUGAAUUCAAGUUAAGACUAUAUUGUCCAAGUGCCAGAUGUUUAUGGUGUUUGCUUGUCAUCAGAUGAUCAGAAAUUAUUUCAUAAUUUAAUUUGGAGUAGGAAGUUCAUGAUGAAGAAUUUUGAAAUAUAUCUGAUCCUUAAAUUUAAACAACGUAGCUCAACAGUGUUGCUACUCUGCAGCACGUUUUUACACAGACCAAGAUGCAUCAUAAAACUGCUGGUUGAGAUGUGUUUUUUCUUUUGUAUAUUAUUUGGCAUUUGGGCUUUAUUUGGUUUGAUUGUAUAAGAUCGCCAGUCUCUUGAGGAGGGUUCAGUGUGAAAAUGGAGUUAGUUCAUCAGCCAAAGGACACAUACAAAACAUAAUACAGAUUAUUGUAUGAGACCAUGAGCUUAUUGUGAAUUAAAUGAGUUAAAAACA